AUGGAGACCGAUCUUGCUCGUGCCGCAGCCCGUUGGCUCCAACCUUUGACCAUCAACGGGGCACAACAAGGCGGGUAUCGUGGAGCCGUUGAUCAAGUCCGCUCGAGGCAGCUCAAACACCGGACUUGCCACCGCGGGCGUCACGGUCACCACGGAGUUCACUUCGAAGGUCCGGGUUUCGCUCCUGCAAACCUAAACACGAACCACCGAGUCUCCGGGGUGAUCUGGAAACCUAAAAUUCAGACCAUCGAGAACCGUCAACAUGACAAAAGGCACGUGGUAAUACACGAUCCGUGUGGAAAUGAUGAUAUUGAAGCGUAUACCUGA